AUGAUGCCAUCUCACGACAUAGUGAAGCACGCUGCGCUCAGCGAUGGACAGUGCACGGGUUCCACGCCGUGUCGAAAGCGAGCGAGAAGCUCGUCUCCAGCCCAUCACCAUCAUCACGCCGCACUCGCCGCUAGCAUAAUCAACCGCACCGCUCCUUGCCGCUCCGAAGAGGCGGGUUCGACGAUGCCUGGCGAGUCCGCCGUUCUUGAAGCCGCAUCGCACGCUCACAUCGCUGCUGCCGACCGCCGUCACACGAUCCCCGCGCUCGUACCGCCUCCAGCCUUUUUCCUAAGGCCGCGAUUCCCGGCGGCUGAGGAGAACGAGUUGGCAGAAACGGGCUGCGCGCAGGCGGAGGGUAGCGCCGGGCCGACGGGCGCGGGGGGAGGCGGCGGGCGAGGCGGUGGCGACACUGCGAGCUCCAGCCUGCCCGCAAACCACUCGCAGCAGCAGGCGCGGCGGCGGAGCUCAAUGGCGGACUUGAGUGACGACCUGCUGCUGAGGAUCAUCCUCUGCUCGCGCCCCACCGCGUGGGACCUCUGCCGCCUCGCGUGCGUGGCGCGCGCGUGGAAGGCACUGUGCUACUCCGCGCCCUUCUGGCAGCGCCUGCGCGUGGAACCGCACAGCAUCCGACCAGGAGUGGAGCAGCUGGCGGCGCGGUGCGCGGGGCUGCAGGAGCUGUACGUGGACGACCCGCUGUGCCACGUGCACCUGCUGCACCCCAUCAUCGCCGCCGCCGCGCACUCCCUCACGCGCCUCGUCAUCAACUGCGACCCGCCCGCACCCCCCGCCGCCCCUGCUGCGCUGCUGGGGGGAACGGUGGGGGUGCAGCACACGGGGGCGGGGGAGGGGCGCGCGGCGGAGUGGGGGGGCAUGGAGGCGGAGAGUGCAGCGGGGGUGGACGACCUGAGAGAGGCGUCCGUGUGCAGCAUGCUGUGGGUGCUCAGCGUGCACUGCACCAACGUGCACACCAUUGAGCUCGUCGCCCCCACCUCCUGCCACUACUCCGCCCUCCCUCCUGCAUACCGCCCCGAUGUCCGUGCGGCCCCUGCCCACGUGCCAACAAGCACACACCAGCUCGCUGCUCACCAUGCACCUCCGCCCACACGCGCCCGUGAGCGAGAGCGGGAGCGGGAGCGAACGCCUGUGGCGUGGGCACCGUUUGCGUUCAUCGAGCUGCGCGCGCUCUGGUUCCUCACCGCCAGCUUCCGCCAGGUGCAAGCCUUCGUGUGCCUGUGCCCCGCGGCCCUCUCGCGCCCGUCCAUCUUCCUGCUCGUCAUCGCGUGGCGCCGCCACCUGGCGUCGCUGGCGCUGCACAUGGGGCGCCUGGCGCUGCUGGACCUGCUGCCCCUCGCCAAGUGCACGCGCCUGCUCCACCUGCACCUCGUCGGCGCCUGCCUGCACGGCGUGGGCGCUGCUGUGCUCCGCCCAGGUACAGCGGCCAGUGGGAGGGGCGCGAGGGGCACGUGGGGCACGUGGGAGGCGGGGGAGAGAGGGUUGAGGGGAGGGGAAGGAGCAGGGCUGAGGGACGAGGGGUUGGAUGCGGGGGAGAAAGACGCCGCUUUCGAGGAAGCAGCAGGGGAAGCAACAGGGAGGCGCGGGCAGGGUGGGCAGUACCCACGGGUGCUGCACCCGACGGUGCGGUUUCUGACACUGGAGUGUGUUGCUCACGAGCCCCGUGACAUUGCCGCACUGGCCGCCAUGCUGCCCGCACUGCAGCGCCUCGAGCUGAGGAACACGAGCCAGUCUUCUGCAGGCUCCACUGCUCUAGGGCUAGAGCAGCCCUGCACCCACUGUGGCGUGGCGUGGGGCGCGCGCAGCAGGGGAGGGCGGGUGGGCGGGCGUGCGUACGAGCAGGAGAUGAUGGCGGUGCAGGCGCAGCUGAGGGCCAGGGGCGUGGCCACACUCAUGCUCCUGUGA